UGGGCUGCGCUGCGCUGUGACCGUGCGCCGCCGCGCUGGCGGCGUGGGCGGCGGCAAGAACGAGCGCGGGGCGGCCCCUGCCCCCACGAGCAGGGGCACGCGAGGGGGAAUGGGGGACGCGGACAACGGGAUGGGGCGAGCACGGGGGAGGAGGGAUGGGGACAAGGGGCCUCGGGUCGGAACUACAUGCUCCGAUAAUGAAGCGCCGGCGGCGUGCUCUGCAGUCUGCACUGGACGCUGCGCGCUGCGGAUGCUUUUAUGCAGAUCCCGCGCCAAGGCACAGCUGCACGCGCGCAGCAGAGCCUGCAAGGAUGGGGCCCUGAUCCAGCUGAAGACCCAUGAUGGCCAUCUUCUCCUCCUGGAAUAUUCUGCUAGUGAGAACGUAUGGUUAGAUCGAAACCACGGCGGCGCCGCCGCCGACGACGACGACGGCGAAGGCGGCGGUGACGCUGUCGGCGGCGCGGGCGGCGUGGAGCGCCAGCGCCCAGUAAAAACGCGCUGCCGGAGCGCACGUCGUGGGAUGCUGGAGCGCCCCCGCUCACUGAGAACUCAAUGCUGCAGCGCCCUCCGUCGGCUGCUGCAUCGCUCUCGCCCGGUAGACAUGCGGGGCUGGACCCGCAACGCCGUCGGCUGGCUGCUGGAGCGUGCUUCUUCGGUACACAUGUUUCCGCCGACGGCGAGGCAGAAGGGCUGCAGCAGCGAUAACUAGUGCUAAACGGGGACGCCGAGAACACUUCUUCGGCACAUAAUGCAAUUCUGGAGCGCAUCCGUGCGGUCGGCAUGGGCUGCUGGAGCGCCCUCGCCAGGCACAGGUGGGGCGCCGGAGCGACGGGCGCGGCGCAGCGAUGAUCGAAGUGUGAAGACCGGCUCAGCUAUACCCCGAUACAUAAAAACCCGAGCCCUGAACUUUCCAACAUAAUUCCACUGACUGCAGGGGCAUGGGCGGAACGGCGCGAGCGGUCGACCCCUCUCAAAGGCAGCCUGGCCACAGAGCUGGCCGCGCCAAAGACGGAUACGCUGCGCGGGCGUGGCGGCGACUCUCUGGUCGUACAGGCCUCGCGCGAAGCUUCAUCAUCGGGAAAACGCUAGCCUGGGUCAGCGCUACCCCAGACCAGCCACGGCCCUGUCGCGAGCCCACUCCUGCCGCUGAGUCACUCCCACACCCGGGUCCACGGAAGGCGGGAAGGCGGGAAGGGCGUGUGGGCUCCAGAAGGCUCAUAAGCCCGGGCCAGCCAGAGGGGAUUGGCUGACCCCUCUUCGCGCUGACCCCCGUGACGUGCGCCCCGACAUCACAAUCCUCCGCCCCCGCCGAGCUCGAGCAGGCCGCGAAUACUGGGGGCACGGAGCGCGCCGCCUACCUCUCUGAAAGGAGCAAAGCCCAACGCGUCUGAAACUUAUCAAGCCGUUUCCCGUGCAAUCUUUUGCAAAUGUUAAGCUUCAAAGUCAUACGUGGUGAGGAAAUCCGACAAAACGCCCGGCCCGCCCUACCGACACGUCUCGGGAUGCAACAGGGAGGAGUUAUUUACCAGGAAAAGGAAUGGAGGAACCGUGCCUCUGCCCUGGUCUAGGAGGCGAGCAAGCAAGCUUGCAAGCAGCCUUGCGAGCAACAAGCAAGCUUGUAAGUAAACCAGUAAGCAAAAUGGAUCGGGCCGUCACUUGGCGAGUCACCAAUUAACACUUUC